AUGAGUCAAUUUAAAUACGCCAGUUCCGUGGUUAGUUCAGACUGUGACAAUGAACCCCAGACCACACCUAAUACCGUCGACCUUAUGUCAACCCCACCCGUCAAGAACACACCUGCCACCAGCUUGAAGAAAGCCAAACACAAGAAAUCCAAGAAGCAAGGGAAGAAGUUCAAGACUCCGGUCCCGGCUAGUGGCAAACUGGCCACCUUUAUUGAUCACGGGUCUAUCUGCAACAGUGAAGGCUAUUCAAUCUACCCAAAUGGUGAGACCGUUUUCGUCCGACAACCAGAUCAGGAAGUUACUAACUUCGGCCUUGUCGCGUAUCGUCACACCCAGAAGACCUGUGUUGCGAAGGACGGAUCUGGAGCUUGGAAGACCAUCUGGCAUUCAUGUCUUGGUGUUCUUGAAUGUGACAACAAUGACUGUGAUUACGCCGCACCACCUCCAACUGCCAAAGGAAAAGCAGCCCAAUUGGUCUUGGAGUAA